AUGGCUUUGCCGAUGGACGCCUGCUUGCCCACGGAUCUGCUCGACUCGGCUGUGCUGCGUGACCUCAUGAAUGACAGCGGGCCUCUCAUCGAUCUGCCCCACACCUCAUCGAAUCAAUCAACCCCAGAACCCGAUUUACUGCAAGCCGCACUGAAUGCCAACCACGACGAUCUGGCCCUCUUUGACACCUCCCCUACCAUGCCUGAACCCCUUGCUCUACGAUUGCCCAGCACCAGUCACCAUCAGGUCCACGCGCAGCCCAGUGGCCUCGCCUUAGCUUCACCCUCGGCGGGUCUUUUGCCACUGACACCACGCCAGAGCCUACGAGGCCUCGAACACCUCUGGUCCGCCCUCAACACGCCCGUUCUAACCACCCCCGUCUCACUCAAUGGCAAUGGCAAGUUUUGGGCCGAGCCAGGCACGCCCACAAGUGCCACGCCCCCGGGUCCGGCCAACGCCGGCAGCAACGCCUUCACCUAUCCUUCCACUAUGCCAGCCGCCGAGACCCACAAUCUUCCUGGCCUUUCCGGCCUUUCCGAUUCCCGUCCCCUACGCUGCACGAACCAGCCUGACCCCUUGAUGCCUCUCCUGGAUCUUGCCCCUGCUCCCAAGCGGUGCAAGGCCGAACCCAUCAACAUGGACAUGCGCUUUGCCUCCCCUGCAUCCCGGCCUGCCAAGCCCUCCGUGCCCCUCAACUGGAGCCCCGCUCUCCCCAACGAGAUGGAGGCUGCCCAACUUACCCCCGAGCGUUUUCUGGAACUCGUGCAGUGGCUGCUUGUAACCCGUCAGCCCCGUUGUUCACCGAGGCCGAAAUUGGCUUUGAUACUGCUCACAUUCUCAUGUGUGCUGGCGCUCCCUUCCACAGUCAAGGGCUUUUGUGGCCAACACUCGUGCUCCAGUCUACUCUUUGCACUCGUGUACAUGAUCUUUGGUGGUGGCUCAUCGUCUUCCACCCCGCGUUCCCCACCGACUAGGAUCUCAAUCGCCAGCGCUGAAGUAGCCCUUGAAACAGAGCAUCGUCUCGAGAUGCUCCGCUUUGCCAUGUACCAAAUCACGGGCACCACGGUCAACCCUCAGUUGACUUCGCUCUAUGACCUCUGUGAGGAAACAGCGGCACCUAAAAGCCCCGCAAUCACGCACAAUUUUGCAAGCCAUUUGCUGACCACCACUACGCCCCUCAGAAAUGACAGCAAGGCCUUGUCCGCCACUGAGGCGCGCAGCCAGCCUCGUGCUGCUGGAAAUCGUGCACGACGACCAGAUCGUGCGGCCGGCCUUCAGACCGUCUAUGCCUCAGCCUUGGGCCGCCGCCGGCGUUUGCGUCGCGAAGCAAGCGGAGGCGAUCGCGAGAAUAAAAACUCGCCUGCUGGCGGCGAGAGUGACACUUUAGCAAGCCAGGAAACGCCCGCCAGCAACAGCGCAAGCCAACGUGUGGCCCCUCAAACAUCGAGCCCUCACCGCGCUUCACGGCCAGACUUGAGUGCCAGCGCCGCCGUCACUCCACCUCGCAACGAGAGCCACAAACUGCUGGCCCUGCCCCCCCAGCCCGAGCUGGCGGCUAUGAGUCUUCACUCUCUAUGCCAUGACCUGGUUGGUCGCAUGGCCACAAUGAACGGCCGUUCGGUGAGCGCAUGUGCCGCGGUUCUUGUGACGAUGGUGCCGGCUGCUUUUGACGAGCGUACCUACAUGCUGUGCGUGCGCAAUCAUCACGCUCGAAAUGCGCGGGCCGAAGACCUCAGUAUCGAGGCCUACAUUCGCAACUUUGUCAGCUCGCCGCUACGCUUUGGAACUCCUGGCGUUCGCCUCAGCGGCUCAGGACGUGUGCCUCAGGGCAGCUACCAUAUGAUGUAUGCUCGGCAGGGUCGCCUGCUGGCCGUCCGUGUGGUUGACGUGGUGGGAGAUCAAUGGAUUCGCGGCCCUAUCUUUGCUGAUCCGCGCCUGGCCCCGCUCAACUGGGACCGUCUGUCGCUUGUCUACGAGCUGCUGCUCUGUCAGCGCCUGGGACUCUCCGCACUCGUCAUGUAA